UAAAGGGCUAAAAAGUUUUGGUGCGUGGUCAAAAAAGAAAACUGAGAGAAUGUUUAUAUAAAGUUAUAUUCUCCUGUGCAUAUCCUCUUCUUCUCUUCACAGCGAUUGCAAUGGACACCGCGACUUUGCCCAACUUAUCCACAAAAGUUUGCUCUAUUGCUGCAGGGGAAGCACACACUCUUAUUCUCACCGAGGAUGGACGUGUUUAUUGUUGGGGAAGAGGAAUACUGGGGCGGCUUGGCGGAGGUUCCGAACAUGACCACCAUCUUCCGGUUCAAGUCAGGUUUGGAUCAGAAGAAUACAGCGUCAGAAUAGUGGGAAUUGCCGCUGGUGCUUAUCAUAGCCUUGCGUUAGCAGAUGAUGGAUCUGUUUGGUGUUGGGGCUACAAUAUAUAUGGUCAACUUGGUAUCAAUGGAGAGGACUUCCAUGGUGAAAAACAUAGCGAUGGUGAUUAUUCUAUUGUGCCAUGCUUAUUGAACAAGUUUCUCGACUUGCACCCUCCUGUUUCUUCAUCAUCAUCAACUAUUCCAGAAGCCGAAGACGAAUCAUCACUAAAGAUAACUGUUGUGAAAGCAGGAGGAAUGAUGUCUCUGUGUAUUGAUAAUCUUGGUGCCCUCUGGAUGUGGGGACAUUGUCCUGGAGAAAACAAAGAAGGUGGCGUCUCUCUUAUAAGCAACUUCACUCCAACACCAGUAUGGGAUUUUCAUGGUCACAUUGUAGUUCAAGUAGCAUGUGGAAAGGAACAUGUUGUGGCACUUGUUACUGCUGGAGAAUCAUACAAGGGUGUGGAUGAUCUAGUGUGCUAUACUUGGGGUAACAACAGUCAUGGCCAAUUAGGUUUGGGGGAUAAGGAGAACAGGCCAAGACCUGAAGUGGUGAAAACAUUUGAUCUAAAGUCCCCUUGGGUAAUUUGUGAAGUAACAUGUGGUGCCUUUCACACUGCUUUGCUCACUCAGAAAAAGAGCCCCAGUGACACAUUAGAAAGCACAUGUUGGACAUUUGGCCUUGGGGAUAAUGGACAACUUGGACAUGGUACAACACAAAGCAAAUUAGUUCCUGAACCUGUUAAGGAACUGCCACAAAAUGUGCAUCUUGUUUCAGUUGACUGUGGCUUGUUUCAUACUUGUGUUGUUUCAAUUGAUGGGUAUGUAUGGUGUUGGGGAAUGGAGAAGGGUCUUGGUUUAUGCCCUGAUGAUAGUAAUGGUGGAACACAUUCUGGUGAUGCUCUUUCUCCCCUUCUCAUCUCAUGCAACCCAUAUCAACCUAAAUUUCCAAACCCUAUUCAAGUUGCAUGCGGAGCUGCACACACUGUUCUUGUUGCGCAAGAGGGAAAUAAGCUUUGGUCUUGGGGUAGAGGAAGAAGUGGGGUUCUUGGAAAUGGUAAAACUAUGGAUAGUUACACUCCUACCAUUGUGGUAUGGCCUCCACUGAUUCAAGAUUUCAAACAAGAGAGUGAAGGAAUCACUGAGACAAAUGACAAAUUAUGUUCAGCAUUGAACAAAGUGAAGCUACUUCAAACAAAGUUAUCCGUAAUGGAAAGAUAUGCGAGUAUGCUUCAUGGUUUUAUCUUUGGAGAACCUUUUGAUGAAAAAGAAAUUGCUACUUCUUUGGGAAAUUCUGGUGCAUUUGACAUUUCAAGGGAAUGGGAGAACAUUUUAGAGGCUGCGGAUAGUACAAAGCUACGUAAUUUGGAAAUGGUGUACCGAAACAUGCUUGUUGCUGUGAAAGAUAAGCUGAUGAAAAGAAAGAUUAAGGAGAUUAUAAAUGAAUGCCUAUCCUCUUCACAUGCCGAAAAUGAGCAUAUAUAAGUAAGAAAAGUAAAUCAUUAUGUUCAAAGGAUUGUAUACAUACAAAAUUAAUAAGCUAGUUCUACCCAAA